GGCAGGCUGCGAGUAGACGAUGGAAGAGGGGGAUGGGAAGGGGAUGGAGAGGGCGGAAACAGAGGAUGGAGAGUCGGGGGAGGGGGAGAAGCAAUGUGUCCCUGGUUGCGUGCUUGGGAACGCUGAGAUCGCGAAGGGAUCGAUUCUUGUUGGUAGUAAUGUUUUAGCAGCUGCCAAGGCACUGGAAGGCGCGGUAGCGCUCCCGCAGUUUUCCCAUCGGCGCUUAUCACCGGCGGGUGACGCAGAUGGCCAUUCCGCCGGCGAGGAGAUCGGCGCAACGGUGUGCGGACGGCGCGAAGGGAUCGAGCCGUCACGGGGAGAAGAAGAUCCGUCAGCGAGCAUCGUAAGUGGUGAAGGUCGGACACUGGAUGAGCAAGGGGAGGAAACGAGAGGAGCAGCAGUAGCCAGAGAGGAGAUGAAAGAAGUAGAAGACAUUGAAUAUCGGGGGCAAGAUGGGGAUGCAGGGACGGUUGGUGGUGGGCCUAAUGUGGGAGCUGGUGAUGGGUUUGCUGUGGGCUUGGCGCGCAGGUCGCCGUCCUUGUCUCGACACGGUUCGAUAGGUCCGGAGGACGAGGCGGGGGCGGGCGGCGGCGGCGGCGGCGGCGGCGGCGAUCGCCAGGAGGAUGGCGGACACGAAUGCGGCGGCGAUCGCCAGGAGGAUGGCGGACACGAAUGCGGCGGCACGCGGUCGUUGGGCGGCAGUGAGGCAAAGGAGAUGAUGACGAGCAGCAGCGGUCGCAGCGGAUUUUCGUACGACCGCAGCAGUAGCAGCGUCAGCAGCCUGUCUAAUAGUAAUAAUGCUGGCGGUCGUACGGCGAGGGUCGGUGGCUGCGAGGGGCGAUUUGUUGGCGACGACCGAGAUGACGGCGCGACCAUCUGCCGCGAGGAAAGACGAGCGACCUCGGGGUCGUCUUUCGCCGCCUCUAGCACGACCUGGAGCGAGGCAGACGGCGAUAGGCCGAUAUCGGUGGGAGGGACCAGCAGUUCAUGGAGUGACCGAGGAGGAGAACAACAGCUGCCUCGGGAGUGUCAGCAGCAGCGUUGCGAGUAUAUCUUGCCUUCUUCCACGGGGGAGACGAAAGAGCCGCCCGUUAAUGGAGGUGGAGAAAGCGUCGGGGGAGGAAGAGGUCCGAGGGCGGGGUGGGGGAGGAUAGGCAAAGGUGUGGAUGGAGCAGGAGAAGAAGAAGCGAUGGUGGUAGGAACGAAGACUAGGCGUGGCGGUGGAAGGGGUGAUGAAGGAAACUGUGAGGAAGAAGCGGAGGAGGAGGAGGAGGAGGAGGAGGAAAGAGAGGAGACUGGGAUGAUGGAUAUGGUGACGACGACGAUGAUGAUGAUGCGGGUGCCACUGAAGGGGGCCCCGCACGGCCGAUCGUUGGGGUCGGGCGUGCAGAUGGCGACGAUGAGGAGAUUGCAACGCAUGGAGAAAAUGCGGCAAAUGAGAGAAGUGGCUGAAGGAUUGAUGACGAAAUUGUACCGAAUGAGGCGAGUGAUGAAUGUGCAGGAAGGAUCGUCUUCCGGUAGCGGCUCUUCGCUUAGCUCUCUUUCGUCCUCGUCCUCUUCCUCACCCCGUGUUGCCGAUGCCUUUUGGCAGUCUGCAAAUCUUCCCGAUCUGCCCCGCCUGUACGCUUACAUAGCGAAGAAGUUUCCUGAACAUCCUCGUCAUCUGCAAUUGGAUAAGGUUGAUAAGACGGGAUUGGAGGCGUUUCGAAUGAAUGCGGAGCGGAUCCGCGCGGCACUAGAGCCGUGGUAUCGGAUCUACGUGGAUUUGAUGUUAUUCAACGAACACGCGAAGGAGCUUCUGUGUGAAUUGAGCGGCAGUCUGGUUAGUCUGAAGCCCGCGCACAACCCCAUGCUUCUUCAUGGAUUGAUGGGUUUGUUCUGCGAUUUCGUUCGUGUAAAUCUUUUCGCCGGCAAGACUCCGAGGAAGGUGGUAGUGCAGACGUAUGCCCUAGCUCACGCAUUCGCCGUCGGAGCGGGAGACUUCUCGCAGCAGUAUUUCCAGUUGGUGGAGUUUAUCAGCAAGCACGACCCGCCGCUGAAGGGUGUGCAAGAAGAUCUGAAGGACCUCAGCCCAAGAGUGGGCGAAGCGAUCGAGGCGAUCUCGUCGGCCGUCUUUCUGAUGUGCGAUGUCCAACGGAUCCGAUCGGAAGGAUACCUCACGCCAUGCAACCCCCGGGAGGGAGCGAUAGCAGCAGCAGCAGGAGGAGGGGGAGGAGGAGGAGGGAGGCAGCAUCGUGCCCCUCCGUCUCCUUCGCGCGGAAGAGGGGCUGACCCUACCGCUCACGCAAUGACAGCCGUCGACCUCGUUCACAUCGACGAUUACCGUCAGUGGGUGUUGUUAGGGUACUUGGUGUGUCCGAGGGAGAUCGUGCGAGGGAAUGGGGUGACUGUCUGCCCGAGCGUCCUAAGGGACAGCUUUGUGGUCCCACUGUUCCGAGACGAGUGCAUUCUGUUCCACGACGAGUACCUGAUCCAUGUGGUCCCGAAGAUGAGCGAGAUCGUCAAGCAGCACAGGGGUGUGAAGCAUCGCGGAGUGGAUGUGGAGGCAGAGUACAAGGCUGCGAAGAUGGCCAAGAAGCGACUGGCGGAGGCGUUCGAAGCGGCCGUCUGCUUCGCCGACGCUGUACAUCGGGAGAGGAGGGUCAUGAUGAACCAGGAGCUGGAUCAAUUGGCAGUCGUGUUACAGGAGCAGCCAGCGCUGGUGGCCAUCAACAUCCACGUCGUCUUCGCGGCCUUGGCUAUGGCGAGGUCGGAGCUGUUGUGGUACUUCUCCCAUGCGGGGGUGACCCCCAUGAGAGGCAAGCCGCCUCCCGUCGGCGAUCAAUCGGCCGGCGGGGAGGCGACGAUCGGCGGCCUCUUGAUGGGAAUCAGUAAGCUGGUGCAAAUUGUCGACAAAUACAGCAUCGCCAUACGCGGCCACGCGAUGGGGUACCUCCUCAGCGCGCUUCCACGAAUCAGGAGCUUGGUCCAAGGGCCGGGGGCGUCGGUAAUUCGCGUCGACGGGGGUUUGCAACAGGAGUUCUGCAGCCUGCUCGCCUCUCUCGAGCAGCUCGCCUUGUGCAUUGAUUCCGCGGAAAGGCAGCAGAGAGAAGAACAGAAGGGACGUCUGGGUAUUGCUCCCGCCCGGUCGGGCGGCGGGGCGACGAUCAUGAGAGAGGGAGGGGAAGGUGGAAAUGUCGGCAGCAGCAUCAGAGGGGGCAACGACGUCCGGCAGGGGAGAGGCGCGAAGCAGCAGCGGCAGGAAGAUGACGAUGGCGAUCAUGGUGUUGAUGCUGCUCGCGAUGAUGGAGAAGCGGGGCGGGGGAAGGGGGAGGAUGGGGAGGAAAGUAGUAGAGGGGAGGGUGGCGGCGCUCAACGGUUGGGCCAGCACUGUCAGCAGAUGACAGUGGAGGAGUUCGACCUGUCGGAUUUCCGGAAGCAUUGGUUCAGCAUCAUCGCGUUGCUGUCGUCGGCCAGAUCAACGGUCCACGCUCGGCAACUGGAGGAGGCCACGUGUCUAGACGGCAGAGCCGGUCUUGUUGCGGAGGGUAAUGUAGGGUACCUUUGGUCGAGGAGUGUGGAUGGAUUGGAGGAGCAGCUGCAAGAGUACGGAUCGUUGAAGAUGUUGUGCUUCUAUCGAUCGAAGCUGCACGCUUCUUUGACCAGAUCGCUGUACGGGCCCAAUGGCUACCCGGCGCACUGCUGCGCAUGGCUGGUCGCUGCGCCCUGUUUCACGCAAAACGCCCACCGCUCUUGUCCCGACGAGCUUCCUCACCUGGUGCGCGUCGCUCACGAGUUCGUGGAAACUGUGCUAGGGACGAUCGUUGCGGGCGUGGAGAGCAUGAUGACGACGAUGUUGGACUCCGCGGGGGUUGGCCUCGGAGAGGGCCACGUGGCUGCCGCCCAGGCGGCUAAGCGGAUGGCAGCCGUCUUGCGCAACAGUGGGCGAGGCGCGCACUACGGUCGUCAAUCAGCAUCGUUUUCCUCUUUAUCUAGCUCCUAUUCGUUUGCCAAGACGAGAAGUAUUGUGCAUACUCGGGGAAGUUGGGUGCAAGAUGGCAGCGCCGGCGUUAUUCUCCCUCCUCUGGAGGAGUGCCGCCCUCUCCUUCUCCUUCCCGCCCCCGGCGGCGACCUCUCGUCCUCGGCCUUCAUCUCUUCUUCUUCUUCUUCUUCUUCUUCUUCCUCCUUCUCCUCUUUUCCCUCCUUCUCCUUCUCUUCCGCCGCCUCCGCCCCUAGCGGAAAGGUCAAUAACGCCGCCGCCGCCGCCGCCGCCGUCGUUAUCGAUGAUCGGAUCAACGGUUUCGAGGAGACCAUCCACCGGUUGAUCUCCCUUUUUGCUGCCGUCAACAACGCGGAGCCGGUGCGGGUGGUAGAUAGGAUAUUCGUCCCGAGAGAGUACCUGCGAGAGUGUGUGGCGAACUUCGUGCGGCGACGUAUCAUCUCCGCGGUCACUAAUAAUCACAGAUCGAUGAGAAUUCCCACGCUAUUUGAGGCGGAAAUCCUGCGGAUCAUCCAGCUUAUCCAGUUGAUGGAGCUGCAUGUAAAUGUCGAUCUGUCGAUGCUAGUGAGGGAGGUGCUUCUUGGGGAGGCGUUCUCUGGCAACAUGAGGGAUCUGCAGCCGUCCGAUCCGAGCAGGAAGACGAACGAACCAGUCAUCUGCCGAAUAGCCAACUGGCACGUGGAGCACAUCCUGAGGGAUCGGCGCAGUGGUAGUGGUAGUGGCAGCAGCGGCGGCGGCGGCGGCGGCGGUGGCGGUAGCUGCGGGCCGACGAUGAUGUUAUACUCGCCUCUGGAGCUUGGUUUCAACAGGUGGAAUAAGGCGUUGUCUAGAGGAGCAGGAGCGGGAGGAGGAGGAGGAGGGGGAGGAGGAGGCGGUGGUGGUGCAGGAGGAGGGGCGGGGGGAGGGGCAGCGGGCGGAGCAGCAGCAGGAGGAGGAUGGGAAGCCAGGCUGGUGGAUAUCACCGAGGUCAAGGCGGUAGUCCGGUUAUUUGGCCCUUAUGGCGUCGACAAGCUCGAUGCGCGCUUGAUGGAACGGCUGAGGACUCUGAUCAUGCGCCUGGCGGGGAUGAUGCGCGCAAGCGCCCCCGUGCUUGCGGAUCUCGAAGGAUGUAUUCUCCUCCACGCCCAGCGCGAGGCUUGCUUGCGGAGACUCGGCGAUCCCGAGGGUGCCUUGAGCCUUUGCCUGCAGAUCGGCCAGUGUCUGGCAUUGCGCCGCAUCGUCAGCAACGCUUGUCGGCAGGUGAUGGAGUCGCACGCGAUCAACCUGCUCGAGAUGAUCUCCGAUUCGACGGCUCAGAUCCGGCUGACGGUGCCAGAGAGUGAGAGCGUGCAGAAGCUGCGUAGGCUGGCGGAACGGGUCGGCGCAACUUUGAGCGAGGAUGACGUGGCAGUUCUUGGGGUGCUCGAGGACAUGGGAGCGACGAGCCAGACGACGUGGGCGGCGCUUCCCGCCUUCUUCGCCGCGCUUAUGGCCUGCCCGUCGUGGAAAAAUGCCAUCUUCGAUUGUCAAACCGGCGGGUUCGUGAACAACGCCCACUGCCUGGUUAGGUGCGUGCACGCUCUCCUCGCGGCCAACGAGCAAGCGGUGAUGGAGAGGCUGGAGCUGAGGAAACAGAUGCUUCCCCCUCCUCCCCCUGCUGCUGCCGCCGCCGCCGCCGCCGCCGCCGCCUCCGCGUCUGGCAAGCGUGUUGCUCCCCACGGUCGGGAUCUUGACGACGACGAAGACGAGGAUGAGGACGACGAUGACGACGAGGAAGAGGACGAGGAGGAGGAACCGGGACUCGUCUCUGAUAAGAGAGCGAUUCUUGCGCAGAGGAUCCGCAGCCGGAUGGAAAAAUUCGUUCGCUACGCCGCAGCCAUCAUCUUUUCUGAACCGGGCAAGAUCAAUCGACAGAUAGUUGCGCGCGUGUUGUUGCUCGAUCAGCUCGCGGAUCUUUCACCGUACCUUCCUCGAAACGCGCUAGAAAGGUAUGUGCCCUACACGCUCAUCCGAUCCUUCUACCAUACUCAUUAUGAAGAACUGAAGGCGCGACAGCCUCCUUCUUCCAACACCGGUCUCCCUGCGCUCCUACAGCAGCAGCAGCAGCAGCAGCAGGAACAUCAGCGAGGGGACCAUCCGCCUCCUCGGAUUGCGCACUCGCAGCAGCAGCAGCAGCUGCAGCUGCCACCUCCUUCUCCUCCUCCUGGAGCGCGGGAACCACGUCCUCCGUCGUCUGGUGCUGCGUCGGCCGCCGUCGCUGCUGCACCCAGCUCGUCGACCCAGCUUCCCUCGUCGUCGGGUCUUAACCCAAGUGCAGGCAGCGAGGAGUACGUCGUCAUAUGCCGGCAACCAGACAUACAGACGAAGACUUUGUGGCCUGUAGCCUAUGGUGGUGGUCCCAGGGUCUCGACCGUCGGGUCUGGUGAUCGUGCUUGUGGGCUUGUCGCUGCGUCCGGCAUGAUGCUGCGGCAUGAUGCUGCUUUGCUGUUGAUGAUUAGGAUCAAUCCGAGCUGCGCUCCCGGCUGCGUCCCUCGACUGUGGCUUUCUGCGGUGCUGAAACCUGGAGAUUUCUCUGAGGCUCCUUCUCUGUGGCAAUGGCGAUCGUCUGAUAACCAGCCGCUGCGCGACCAUGGUAAAUGUUAAAGGAAGGGGUACUCUUCAGUACGCGAGUAACGCUUUCUUGGACUUGAGGAUGGAGGGGGGCCGUCCAAUGGGAACCGUCCGAUGCGAGAUCAAGUAUAACACGAUUUGACGUCAGAGCUGAUCCGAAGUGAUACGUAUGCAUAGGGCCUCGCUUCACUACUCAGCAUUUCGACAUGCAUCUGGACUGUUUUAUUGGGACAGAUGCGUUCAAACUGAUCGAAGAUUUCCAAUGCAUUUGGACUGCUUCCAGCAUCCAGCUCCAGCUCCAGCUCCAGCUCCAGAUUCCUUUAGAAUGUAGGCGUACGGCCUCGCUCCGCUACUAAACAUUUAGACACGUAUCUGGACUGUUUUGGUGGGCCGGACUGGUCGAACAUUUCCAAUGCAUCGGGACAGGAGGAAGAUCUUUUCUCUAAAACUGAAAGCAGGCAGCUAUGGAGGCAUGAAGUAAUGUAACAUUUAGACACGUAUCUGAACUGUUUUGUUGGGCCAGAUGCGUUCGGACUGGUCGAACCUUUCCAAUGCAUCGGGACAGGAGGAAGAUCUUUUCUCUGAAACUGAAAGCAGGCAGCUAUGGAAGCAUGAAAGUAAUGUACCAUUUGGACACGUAUCUGGACUGUUUUAUUGGGCCAGAUGUGUUCGAACUGGUCGAACAUUUCCAAUGCAUCAGGACAGGAGGAACUUCUUUUCUCUGAACCUGAAAGCAGGCAGCUAUGCAAGCAUGAAAAGUAAUGUAAUGGUGCCGCCUUGUAGGUCUUUGUAGGGACUCGCCAGCACGGUGCGCAAUUGUUCUAGGAACAUUGAUUUACUCACAAGAUGACGAGCAUCGUUUCUGGACAUGUCCGUGCGUAGCACGAAUCUGGUCGUAAAACGGGUUUUAGCUCCAUAUGCCAAGUCAGUACAAGCCUUGCACAAGUGGGGCUUGUGCCCGAGUGAGGGGGAUAUUAUCCUGCUGUGAUAGAACAGCAGGUGUCAGGUGUCUGCCAGCCUCAUGGGAUCUGGGUUAGUAAAGGAUGUUUGGAGAAGCGCACGCGCGAGAGAGAUGGUCUCGGUCUCUCUGGUCGCUCUCAUUUGACGACAGAGACGCGCUUGCGAGAGACAGAGAUGGUCUCAGUCUCUCUCGUUGCUCUCAUUUGACAACAGAGACGCGCUCGCGAGGGACAGAGACGGUCUCGUUCUCUCUCGUCGCUCUCAUUUGACGACAGAGACACGCUCGCGAGAGACAGAGACGGUCUCGGUCUCUCUCGUCACUCUCAUUUGACGACAGAGACGGUCUCUCUCGUCGCUCUCGUUUGCUUCUUCCAGGCUCUUUGUCACUACUCUCUCUCAACCCCUUGCCUCUCUCAGGUGAGCACCUGGGAUGUGACCCAUGGUGGCUGGACAUGAACAGAGAGAGUACACCAUGCAUUUACCAGCUGGAAGAUGAACCGGAAAAGGAGAAUGCGACCCAUGGCUGCUGAAACGAGGAACACGGGGGAAUCAGCCUAAGAUUUUUUUGGGGGGGGCGGCGGGGGGGCAUUUUGGGUAUACGUGCCGACUGAUGGUUGGCAUGGACGCCCUUUUUUGGGUAUGGUGUUCUUUUUCUUUUUUUUUUUCCUUUAAAAAGUUUAUUCUUUGCUGGUUUUAGGAUUCUGCUUUGACAUUCGGAAAAUGUCCAGAGUUCUUCUUAGUGAACGGACGUAGAUAUGAGAAAAGGUGCAUGCCAGCAGGUAUGAGGGAAAUGGGAUCUAUCUAGCUAGUUCUUACCAAUGUUUAGAUGGAAGACGAUGACGACACCUUUUUUUUGGGCUCGGUCGUCUUUCUUUUAGUCGAUUUCAAUCAUUAAAUGAAAUGAAACGAAUUUA